UCUCUCUUUCUCUCUGCUUCUAUCACUCUCACACACACACAGGUGCUGCUCUUCAGCAACCCUCUCUCUCUCUCUCUCACUCACACACACAUUUAAAACACACAAACUCAACCCAAAAGAGCAUUGCAACUGGUCCACUUUUUCUGGUGCUGUAGAACUUGACAUUUUGCCUUCAUGGAGGAUUACCACAAACCCGACCAGCAGACAGUGCAGGCGCUGAGGAACAUCGCCAACCGCCUCCGAAUCAACUCCAUCAAGGCAACAACUGCAGCGGGCAGCGGACACCCCACAUCAUGCUGCAGCGUGGCAGAGAUCAUGUCAGUGCUUUUCUUCCACACUAUGAAGUACCGCCCCGAAGACCCGAGGAACUUCAACAACGACCGCUUCAUCCUGUCCAAGGGUCAUGCUGCCCCUGCCUUGUAUUCCAUGUGGGUGGAAACAGGUUUCCUAAAGGAGAACGAGCUGUUCAGUAUGUGUCAUGUUGACUCUAACCUGGAGGGCCACCCAACCCCUAAGCAACAAUUUGUGGAUGUGGCCACUGGAUCGCUGGGGCAAGGUCUUGGUGUGGCCUGUGGAAUGGCUUACACUGGGAAGUACUUCGACAAGUCCAGCUACCGCGUGUACUGCCUGCUGGGGGACGGCGAGAUGUCGGAGGGUGCUGUCUGGGAGGCCAUGUCGUUCGCCUCCUACUACCAGCUUGACAACCUGGUGGCCAUCAUGGACAUCAACCGGCUGGGCCAAAGUGACCCCGCACCCCUGCAACAUCAUGUGGAGAAAUAUCAGAAGCGCUGUGAAGCUUUUGGCUGGCAUGCCAUCGUUGUGGACGGACACAGCGUGGAAGAGCUUUGCAAGGCUCUGAGCCAGGCACGCCAUCAGCCCACUGCCAUCAUUGCUAAAACCAUCAAGGGCAAAGGCAUUCCAGCCGCGGAGGAUAAGCUCGGCUGGCAUGCCAAAACUCUGCCCAAGGACAUGGCUGAGAUGGUGAUGAAGGAUCUCCAGAGCCGUAUCAUGAACAGCAGCAAGCACCUGUACCCACCUGCCCCCAUCGAGGACUCCCCACCUGUCAGCCUGAGAAACAUCAGGAUGCCGAGCGCACCCAGCUACAAGCCUGGAGAAAAGAUUGCCACACGGAAGGCCUAUGGAAUGGCACUGGCCAAGCUGGGACGCUACAACGAACGUGUUGUGGCCCUCGACGGAGACACCAACAACCUCACCUACUCAGAGAUCUUCAAGAAUGAGCAUCCCAACCGCUUUGUUGAGUGCUACAUUGCUCAGCAGAACAUGGUCAGUGUCGCCAUGGGAUGUGCUGCCCGUGACAGGAACGUGGUGUUUGCCAGCACUCUCGCGUCCUUUUUCACUCGCGCCUAUGACCAGCUUCGCAUGGCAGCGAUCUCAGAGAGCAACAUCAACCUGUGUGGCUCCCACUGCGGCCUGUCCACUGGAGAGGAGGGGCCCUCUCUGAUGGGCCUAGAGGACAUAGCUAUGUUCAGGGCCCUCCCCACCGCAACCGUCUUCUAUCCCUGUGACGGCGUGUCCACAGAGAAGGCCGUGGAACUGGCUACAACCACAAGGGGCGUCUGCUACAUCCGCACCAGCCGCCAAGACAGCAACGUCAUCUACAACAGCAACGAGGACUUCCACGUUGGACAGGCAAAGGUGGUGUUCCAGAGCAAGGACGACCAGGUGACUGUGGUGGCUGCCGGAGUGACCUUGCACGAGGCUCUCGCUGCCGCUGAACAUCUAAAGAAAGAGAGGAUCUCCGUCAGAGUCAUUGACCCCUUCACAAUCAAACCCCUGGACUUUAAAACCAUCAUCGACCACACGCGUUCCACCAGGGGACGAAUCAUCACUGUAGAGGACCACUACUACGAGGGUGGCCUUGGGGAGGCAGUGUCUGCCGCAAUGGCUAAUGAGUCUGGUAUCAAUUUGCACCGCCUGGCUGUGUCCCACGUUCCCCGCAGCGGGAAACCACACGAGUUGCUCAAGAUUUACGGUAUUGACCGUGACGCCAUCGCCCAGGCCGCCCGCAAAAUGCUCAGCAGCUCUACCAAUGCCAAGUAACCUUUUACCCGCCCCACCCGCAUACAGUAUCUGAUUACACCCUGCAGGUGAAGAUCAGCUGUGCAGUACGUUUUUGAUUCACAUGGCACCCUUUCAUUCUUUCACUGUCAAUACCCCUAAGUGUGUACUUAAGUAUUGUGAUUUUGUGCUGUACACUUUGAAGUAGAGUUACACAUUUACCCUCUUUUUGUGCAUUCAUCACAUCACACACAACCAAUUCAAACACACAUAUCCUCACUCAUAAUCCAAUCGUCAUGGACCUAGUUCUGUAACCAAAACGUGGUCAUAACUUUACCAUUUGGCAGACGCUCCCACUACAUAACUUUCUAUUAUUACGUGUUCGACAAACUGUGUGAUACCAUCAUGUGUUUUUAAAUGCUCUUUGAUCAACUUCCAUUCAAAUGGUUUUAUAUUGUUCUGAUGUAGCUCUUGAUACCGGGUGGGGCAAACUUUUUAAAAGUAGGUGUUUUCUGAUGACAGCCAUGUCAGAAAGAAGCUAAGUUAGUUGUAGCUUGUAGAAGGUAGUGGGGAAAAAAUGAAUCAAAUGUAAGCAGGUCAUGUCACGCAAAGCCACAAUUCACAUAUGAGAUUUUUGGUGGUUUCCAAAGUCCUUUCUCUUCAGCACUGUCUUUUGUUAUUUGUGUUAAAGUUACCAUAAACCAACACACCUCAGUGUUCAUUUGUGCUCUAGCUGUACAUUUGGACCGUGCCAGCAGUGAAGCUGUCUUUUACAGGAGGACUUAGGGUUGAUCAGGUGCUGAUAGAAAAUGCAGUCGACUGUGCUUAUGAAGACGGAUUGGUAGCUAGUUACAUCUGAAUUGUAAGAUUAGAACACUUUCUUUGUUACUUGAAAUUUUGUAUGUACCAUACUUUCAUGUAAUAAAGCCCUCUGCAUUUGACUUUGAAAA